AUGGCUUCCAAGGGCGCUCCGGCAGCAGGCAAGCUAUGGGGCGGACGCUUCACAGGUGGUCUCGACCCAAUAAUGCAACAGUACAACGAAUCGAUCUACUUCGACCGAGCCUUCUACUCCCAGGACAUUCGCGGCAGCAUAGCAUAUGCUCGCGCCAACACCAAGAACGGCAUCUUGACGCAGCAAGAGUUCAGCGAGAUCGAGCGCGGCUUCAAGCAAGUGUCGAAAGAAUGGCAGGACGGCACGUUCGAGAUCAAUCCUGGCGUCGACGAGGACAUCCAUACGGCAAAUGAGAGGCGGCUGGGCGAGAUCAUUGGCAAGGAGAUUGGAGGUAAGCUGCAUACGGGACGGAGUAGAAAUGACCAGGUUGCUACGGACAUGCGGCUGUGGCUGCGAGAUCAGUUGGACCAGCUGGAGAGCUAUUUGGUCGAUUUCUUGAAGGUCAUUGCGGCGAGAGCGGAGCAGGAGAUCGAGCAUGUCAUGCCUGGAUACACGCAUCUUCAACGAGCACAGCCGAUACGCUGGAGUCACUGGAUGCUCAUGUACGGAUCAUUCUUCGCCGCGGAUCUCCAGCGGUUACGAGAGCUCAAGUUCAGGGUCAACAAACUACCGCUAGGCUGCGGUGCAUUAGCUGGCAACCCCUUCAACAUCGAUCGCGAUGCCAUGGCGAAGGAGCUCGGCUUUGACGGUCUGAUCAUGAACUCCAUGGCUGGUGUUGCGGACCGCGACUUCGUAGUCGAGACGAUGCAGUGGGGCAGCAUGCUGAUGAUGCAUAUGUCGCGCUGGGCUGAAGAUCUGAUCAUCUACUCCUCCGGCGAGUUCUCAUUUGUCAAGCUGGCGGAUGCAUACUCGACUGGAUCGUCUUUGAUGCCGCAGAAGAAGAACCCAGACUCGCUGGAACUGCUCCGUGGCAAGGCUGGGCGCGCUUUCGGCCAGAUGUCUGGAUUGAUGAUGAGCGUCAAGGGCAUCCCUUCGACGUACAACAAGGACCUUCAAGAGUCUGUCGAGCCGUUGCUGGAUCACGUCAAGACUGUUGGCGACAGCCUGCAAAUCGCCACUGGUGUGCUGUCAACGCUAGCGAUCCUGCCGAACAACAUGCUCAAGUCUCUCACGCCCGACAUGUUGGCUACCGAUCUGGCAGACUACCUGGUACGCAAAGGUGUGCCGUUCCGAGAAACCCACCACAUCUCCGGACAAGUGGUCGCUCUAGCCGAGAAGGAAAGCCGGCCAAUGGACCAGCUGAGCUUCGAACAACUGGAGGGUGUAGACAAGCGCUUUGAGAAGGAUGUGCUCAAAGUCUUCGACUAUCAGAAGAGCGUCGAGAUGAGGUCUGCAAAGGGUGGGACGAGCAGGAGUGCUGUGAUGGAGCAGAUUGAGGCGGUAAAGAAGGCGCUUGCUGGGGAGGCAUGA